AUGGUAAAUACUUGGGCCAAGGAGUUGACUGCAUCAAUACUUAGGUGCAAGAAUCGGCCAACUCCAGGAGAUGACCGUUUCUUGCCACCAAUGGUAACAUCGGCAACAUCGGAAAAUCAGGCCACGUGCGAUGGCAAGCCGGUAGCAUUUCAGUUGGUUUUCAACAUUGCAUUGUGUCUCGUGAACGAAUAA